UUUUACAAGCAUUACACAAUUUCCAUGAGAGCAAACAUUUUUAUCGAAAAGCGUCGCUGAGAUUCUCGUCAUUUUUCGCAAAUAUUGAAAGCAAACGCACGCACACGAAAUCGUUUGUCGAACGAUGAACAGUUAAAGUCAAGCAUGUGUCGUUUGUCAAUUGUGUGAGAAUAUUUUUUUGGUGUACAGUUUCUUUUUUUUCUCUUUUUGACUCAGAACAACGUUCAUAAAUUGAUUUUUGCUCGAAUCAUAAUCACCCAUCGCAACCGAAUUCAAACCCGAAUAUAUUUAUUGGAAGUGUUAUUCGAUUUCAGUCAUUGGCACCGAAACCAAUGCGCGCACAUUUUGUAAAUUGUCAAUCUCCUUUAUACAUAUUCAAUCCGAGUUUUCGAAUGGUUAAGUAAUGGCAACUAAAAUAAUUAUCAACGGCGAAACCUACUGAAUGAACUGGUUCAGUGGUAAAUUAAUUGCGUUAACGUUAUAAAAGGUCCUUUGCCAAACUAUUUUAAGUAGAUUGCCUGCCAUCCGUUAAAUUUCAAUUUGCAGAAGCAUUUCGAAAUAGCGAAGCAGCGGCAACGAGUACCGGGGAUCUUUUUUUUUAGCUACGGUGUUGGUGGUUAAGUUCUUGUCAAUAUAGUGGAAAUGUGUAAAAGACGAAAUUGAAUGAAAUUAUGUCGGCUAUUCCAAUCUACACAGCUUACUGUUUAGCUUUUUGUCCGUUUACUCGAUACAACUAGAAAGCGCGCGGUACAUUUAUUUACAAACACUGCUUACGAUUUCAAAAUAUUUGAGCCGAUGCAAGUGAAAUGUUAGUGUGGCAUUAAAACAGAAUUAAAUAUAAUUAGAAUUGGUUAGAUCGUUUGAUAGCAUCAUAAGACAUUGUGCAUUGAUUACUUAACUUUAAUUGACGGCAAUCCCAUUUUGUUGAAUAAACGUAGUCGUGGUGACGACGCUUUAAAUUGAAAAUAAUAAAAACAAAACAAGAAACAAACUAACAACUAAAAACAAAUAAAUGAAGAAACAAAUUGCAUAAAAAAAGAAGUUUUAGUUCGGUUAACGGGAAUGACUACAUUCGCACAUUAACUUGUAUCAUUAACUAAAAGAAAAGACUAAAGGUAAAAAGUACCGCAAGCAAAAACACUUUGUUUUUUUUUUAAUUCACUUUCCUUCUUGUUAUUUAUCGUGAUUUUCUUGACGCUCAUCAUAACGGUACGCGCAUUUCAUCUUACUUGAACUGUUUAAAUAAUAAAGUAGCCAAAGACAAUUUGUAUUUUCUUCCUGAUUGAAGCACAAAACUUGUUCUGUUGAUACGGUGACAAAACUUUAAAGUUUUCUUCAGCACACUGGAUGCCAGAAGAGAAUUUACGUUGAUGCUACGAAAAAAAAAAUAAAAAAAAAUGAAUAUGAAGUCGUGUUUUCUUUUUAAAUAAAAUUUAAAGGUUCAAAAGACAGCAAAAAGUAGAGAAACAAUUUUUGGUCCGAAUAAUUUGAAUUUCAAUGGUUUUACGCGCAAUUGCACAAAUUGCAGCUUACACCCGAUUCACUUACGAUUAUAUACGAUUGCCGAUGCAGCAAACAAAGAAUAAGUGAAUGAACACAAUAGAUCAUAUAAUCGAAACGUAGCUACAAACAAACAAUUUUUGAUUGUUAUCAUGCAUAUCAUUUUCUGCCGCCGUCAAAAAGUCAACCGCCGAGAAAUAGCAAUGUCAUCAUUGCUUUUCUAUGCAAUCAUUCUACAAAUAUUUGCACACGGAUUAAACGCUCAAUUAUCGACCGAAAAAAUUCCACUGGGUGCUAUAUUCGAACAAGGUACCGGUGAGGUUCAAUCGGCAUUCAAAUUUGCAAUGCAAAAUCAUAAUAUGAAUGUUACAACACGACGAUUUGAAUUACUCACAUUUGUGGAUGUAAUCAAUACUGCGGAUGCAUUCAAAUUAUCACGACUGAUAUGCAAUCAAUUUUCACGUGGUGUAUUUUCAAUGCUAGGAGCUGUUUCACCCGAAUCGUUUGAUACAUUACAUUCGUACAGUAAUACCUUCCAGAUGCCUUUUGUUACACCAUUCGGUCCGGAAAAGGUGUUAACGCCAUCGUCUGGAUUUCUUGAUUUUGCCAUAAGUAUGCGACCCGACUACCAUGAGGCAAUCAUCGACACUAUUCGCCACUAUGGAUGGGAAAAAAUUAUUUAUUUGUACGAUUCGCACGACGGUUUGUUACGAUUGCAACAAAUUUACCAAGGACUGCGACCCGGCAACGAAACAUUUCAGGUGGAAACGGUUAAACGAAUCGCAAACGCAACCAAUGCCAUUGACUUUUUGAGGACACUCGAAGAGCUGAAUCGCUUUUCCAAAAAAUUCGUUGUACUAGAUUGUGGUACCGAUAUGGCCAAAGAGAUUGUAGUGAUGCAUGUACGUGAUUUAUCGCUGGGAAGAAGAACCUACCAUUAUCUGUUUUCGGGAUUGGUGAUGGAUGACCGAUGGGAAAGAGAAAUAACUGAAUAUGGUGCUAUUAAUAUAACUGGUUUUCGUAUUGUCGAUACCGAUCGUCGAUAUGUUCGUGAAUUUUUGGAUGGUUGGAAGCGUUUGGAUCCGAUUACAUCGAUUGGUGCUGGCAAGGAAUCGAUUACGGCACAAGCUGCAUUAAUGUAUGAUGCUGUUUUCGUGCUUGUCGAAGCAUUCAAUCGUUUGCUAAAAAAGAAACCGGACCAAUUUCGUAGCUAUACGAUGAGACGAAGUAGCUCACAGCAUUCUUACACAAAUUCAUCGUAUGGAAAUUUACUGGCAAAUGGACAGAAUAUACGAGCAUUGGACUGUAACGCUGGCAGAGGUUUGGUCAGUCCGUGGGAGCAUGGCGAUAAAAUUUCAAGAUAUUUACGAAAGGUUGAAAUUGAAGGUCUUACCGGUGACAUACGGUUCAAUGAAGAUGGCCGACGCAUAAACUAUACACUAAACGUUGUGGAAAUGUCAUCAAACAGUGAUAUGGUUAAAGUGGGCGAGUGGUCGGAUCAAUUUCGAUUCAGACCGAUUACAAAUCGACAAGAUCGUUUGCCAACUCGCAACGAUUUCGAACGCAAUCGAACAUAUAUUGUAACAACAAUUAUUGAAGAACCGUACAUUAUACCGAAGAAAAAUAAAUUCGAUUCAAACGAACUCAUCGAGGAGAAGGACAAAUAUGAAGGAUACUGCAAGGAUCUAGCCGAUAUAUUGGCAAAACGGCUCGGCAUUAAGUAUGCAUUGCGAAUUGUGAAAGACAGGAAAUACGGCGCUAAAAAUGCUGAUGAAGUCGGUGGAUGGGAUGGAAUGGUUGGCGAACUAGUGCGAAGGGAAGCGGAUAUAGCUAUUGCACCGAUGACCAUAACAGCUGAACGCGAACGAGUUAUCGAUUUCAGUAAGCCGUUUAUGUCGUUGGGCAUUUCGAUUAUGAUUAAAAAACCAAUCAAACAGAAUCCGGGAGUGUUCAGCUUUUUGAAUCCACUAUCACAAGAGAUUUGGAUGUGCGUGAUAUUCGCUUAUGUUGGAGUUAGCAUUGUGCUUUUCAUUGUUUCGAGAUUCUCGCCACAGGAAUGGCGCAUCGUUCAAAUAAACGGUGAUGUGAGCCACAUAUCCGGUCAAGUGGCAACUCAGCCAGCUGUUAAUGAAUUUAGCAUAUCGAAUUCAUUUUGGUUUACACUGGGCGCAUUUAUGCAGCAAGGUUGUGACAUAUCGCCGCGUUCAGUGUCCGGUCGCAUUGUUGGUUCGGUAUGGUGGUUUUUUACACUCAUUCUAAUUUCAUCGUAUACCGCCAAUUUGGCUGCAUUCUUAACCGUUGAACGUAUGGUAACACCGAUCAAAUCAGCCAAGGAUCUUGCCUAUCAAACUGAGGUCCAAUACGGAACUCUGCUGUCUGGCUCAACAAUGGAUUUUUUCAAUAAAUCGCCAAUCGAUUUAUAUGCUCACAUGUGGAAGUAUAUGUCAUCACGGCCCGAAGUCUUUGUCGAUUCGUACGAAGAAGGAAUCCAAAGAGUACGCAAUUCAAAAGGCAAAUAUGCACUAUUAAUCGAAUCACCGAAAAAUGAUUAUACAAACGUACGAAAACCAUGCGAUACAAUGAAAGUUGGCCAAAAUUUGGAUAGCAAAGGAUUUGGCAUCGGUACACCAUUGGGAUCACCUCUCAGAGUACCAAUAAACUUGGCCAUUUUAUCGUUGAUUGAAAGUGGCGAACUAACGGAGCUCUUCAAUAAGUGGUGGUUUGAAAACACUGAAUGUGAUCCAACCGAGAAACAAGAGACUUCACGCAAUGAAUUGUCACUGAAAAAUGUGGCUGGCAUUUUCUUUAUUUUAAUCGGUGGCUUAAUUUUAUCGCUUGUCGUCGCUCUUUUGGAAUUUAUAUUGAAUAAACGAAACGAUAAAUUUGUGCAACAUCAUCAAACGCACACACUCCAUCAUAACCAUCAGCAUCAUCAUCAACAAGCUUCACAAACGUCACAACAAAUGCAAACACAUCCACAGCAUAUGCAACACAGCACCGAAGCACUCAAAACGAAGUUAACAAUGCAGCCAGGCUGUGAAUAUGAUAACAAUGGAACAGCGUAUUAUUCAGCCAGUACUCAGUCAGCGGUAGCUCAUUUCGAUGCUGACAUGCAAAAUCCACAACAAAUUUGACAACAAAGUCACGCGCACGACGCACGAAUUCUCCAACAGCAACGUCCAUCACCGAUCAUCGGAAGCACCGGCAAUAGUACUAUACGUCGUUCCGUUUUAACGGCAACUAUCAAUCGUCAACACCAGCAUCAACAUCAAUUGCAUCCCGAAAUUGACACAUGAUAAACAUCGAACGAAAUCCAUUCAAACGCAUGUUAUAUACCUCCGUAAAUAGCAGUGUGCGACUGUGUCAUUUGUUCAUAAAUUGAUGACUUCAAUAUGAAUCAUAUUCUACCCUCUAUCUAUCUAUCUCGCUCUCACAUUCUCACUUUUACUAUUUCGAUAUAUGUAUAAAUAUGAAUCAACACAAACCUCCCUCCCCCCCCCAUCCGACCUCCAUCCCAUGUCUAUUUAUCCACAUAUAUUUGACGAAGCGUUUGCAGUGGUUACUGUGAUUAAAUUCUCGAUGGGCUACUCCAACUAGUCAAAGUUUCAUUCAGACAGCGUAUGGCUUGUGAUCUUCAAUAAAUUGCAUUCAUUCAAGAUCCACACAAACAAUACGAGUAUGUAUUUUGUGUUCGGUAACAUAAUUUGUCCGUAUUAAACAUGCAACAUGCUUUUGCUGUCAAUAUUUCAAUAUCUCAAACAGGCAGCCAUUUUAGUCAAUUUAAAUAGAUGUCUGUAGUAUAGAAGGCAUUCUUCUAAAUAAGUUAAUUAAAAUUUGAAAAAAUUCAAAAUACAUAAUUGAUUUUGUUGCAAUUGAGAUUUGAUUUGAUUUAAGUUGAAACUUUUCCCAAAGCGGACAUUCAUAUCAUUUUCAAAUUAUGUUAUUGAUGUGAUGUGAUAAUUGAAGCUCAUUUUAUCACAUUUUUAAAUGAAAUUAGCCACCGCGAAAUGACAAAAAAGCCUAGUGACGUCGCUCACAACGUUCAAGUGUAAAUAUAAAAGAUAUUUUAGAUCGUUGACUGAAAUAUCUUAUUUAUUUCGGUGAAAUAUCUCAAAUAUCUACUUAUAUAUUGAUUAUAUUUACAAAAUAUUAUGAGCGAGUCCUCUAGUCCAUCGAUAACCGCUAAAAAUGUGUUUAAAUUGUGUUUCGGCAUUCAGACAUGCUUCAUUUCAUCCGAAAUUAUCCAUUUAUAUGUAUAUGUAAACGGUGAAACAAUCAAUAAGCAAACAUUUCACAUAAAAAUUGCAGAUACAGCAAAACGAAAACAAAAUCAAAAAACUAAAAAUACAGACGAAAAAAGAAAACGAACAACAGAAGCGCACACAAUACUAGCAUCUACUGCGGAAUAAUAUUUAUAACACUAAUAUAAUAAUUACAACAAAAUAUUAGUACUUAGUACUCAGGUUUGAUCAAAUGACUGUCAAACAAUUGAACAACCAAUUUGUGGUUUACCAUGCCAAAAGUUGCAGUGAAGAAAAAAAAAACAAGCCGAGAAAAAAAGAUAAACAUUCUAA